GUCGGCACACACAAAGUUUGUACAACCAAGCAAGGCGCGCGCGCGUGUGUAUAUAUAUAGCACUCGGCGGUCACCAAACGCCGUCGCUCGAACAGCGCCAUGCUCGCGAAGGCUCCUCCCCAGCCGUGCUCCAGCGCCGCCGGCCGCCAUGCACCGGCAAGGCCGGAGCACGUUAGCCUCACUGGAGCCGGGAGGAGGUGUCAAGGAGCUGGCGCCAAGCUCGUCGCCGUGAGGCCGGGGGCGACGGUCGUGGCGGCGGCCGCCGGGGAGAUGAGGGCCGUGCCGGCGGAGGACGGGAAGCAGCUCGUCAAUGGGUCGGCCGUCGCAGGAAACAGCAAUCUUGCGACCUCGACUAUUGGGAAAUCAACAAAUAUCCUCUGGCAUGACUGCCCCAUAGGGCAGAACGAGAGGCAGAAGCUACUAAACCAGAAGGGUUGUGUUGUGUGGAUCACUGGCCUAAGUGGUUCUGGAAAAAGCACGCUCGCAUGCGCGCUGAAUCGUGAGUUGCACUCCAGAGGGCAUCUGACAUAUGUUCUCGACGGCGACAAUCUCAGGCAUGGGUUAAACCGGGACCUCAGCUUCAAAGCAGAGGACCGAGCUGAAAAUAUACGCAGAGUAGGAGAAGUAGCAAAGCUAUUUGCAGAUGCUGGCCUAAUCUGCAUUGCUAGCUUGAUAUCACCUUAUAAAAGUGAUCGAAGCGCAUGUCGUAGUUUAUUGCCAAAGUCAUCAUUCAUAGAGGUGUUUAUGAAUGCCCUACUUGAAGUAUGUGAAGCAAGGGAUCCAAAAGGCCUGUACAAGCUUGCCCGUGCCGGCAAAAUCAAAGGGUUUACUGGAAUAGAUGAUCCUUAUGAACCACCAUCUGACUGUGAGAUAGUGAUACAGUGCAAAGUUGGGGACUGCCCUUCACCAAAAUCAAUGGCUGAUCAAGUAGUGUCAUAUCUCGAAGCGAACGGUUUCUUAGAAGACUAGAGAUGGAUGUUUGCAAGACAUCUUCAGGAGCAAUUGGAUUGCCAGUGGUAGAUAUCUAUGUACCUGCUGCUAAUGUAUCAGACUUCAGAGUCAGAUCAUUCUGUUGACCAAAGUUGUCAGCAACUUGUCUGUGUGGGUGAAAUUGUUUUAGAUUGAGCACAUCAACCAGCAAAUGUUUUGUUGGUGAUGUAAAGUAUGCGGCAUGUUUAUGUUGGAUGCAGCAGUAAAAUGUGGAGUGGUGGUUGCAUCAGUGGCAAAAGGUGUAAAGUUCUGUGAUCAAGUGGUAUAUUUAACCCCAAACAAGAAAAUGGCCCAUGAAAGGAACAGAAAAGGGCCUGGGAUCGGCGAGCUCCCAGCCAUCUCCCUCACUGUAGCUCAUGCACUGACGCGUGGGCCUGUCACUGUGUAUCACUGUAGUAGCACUGUAUACCACUGUGGUAGCUGU